AAAAGCUGCCUCCAGGAGGCCCUCGGGCAGACGGGCAGAGAGACCGGCCCAGGGACAGGAGAGUGGCUGCUAGACCCAAGAAAGGUUCUCCUAGGCCUUGUGACCCCCUGGUCUAGAUCGUCCACACGAGGAACAAAGGCCACAGUCAGCAUGAACUGGGCGUUCCUGCGGGGCAUCCUGAAUGGGGUGAGCAAGUACUCCACGGCACCGGGCCGCAUCUGGCUGUCCGUGGUCUUCAUCUUCCGCGUGCUGGUGUACGCGGUGGCGGCCGAGGAGGUGUGGGGCGAUGAGCAAAAGGACUUCAUCUGCAACACCCGCCAGCCGGGCUGCCCCAAUGUCUGCUACAAUGAGUUGUUCCCCGCGUCCCACGUGCGCCUCUGGGCCCUGCAGCUCAUCCUGGUCACGUGUCCCUCACUGCUCGUGGUCAUGCAUCUGGUCUACCGCCAGGAGCGCAAGCGGAAGCACCGCCCGAAGCACGGGCCCGAUGUCCCAUCCCUGUACGACAACCUGGACAAGAAGCGGGGCGGCCUCUGGUGGACGGACCUGCUGAGUCUUCUCCUCAAGGCGGCCGUCGACUCCGGCUUCCUCUACAUCUUUCACCGCCUCUACCAGGACUAUGACAUGCCCCACGUGCUGGCCUGCUCCGAGUCGCCAUGCCCCCGCCCUGUGGACUGCUACAUCUCCCGGCCACGGAAGAAGGUCUUCACGUACUUCGUGGUGGCCGCGGCCAUGCUCUGCAUCCUGCUCAACCUCAGUGAGGUCACCUACCUGGUGGGCAAGAGGUGCCUGCAGACCCUGGGCUCCAGACGCCGGGGGUCUCAGCACUGGACUCGCCUGCCCGAGACACGCCCACCGUAUGCCCUCUCCCAGGGGGAGCACCCCCAGGAUGGGAACUCUGUCCUAAUGAAGGCUGGGUCAACCACAGUGGAUGCAGGUGGGUGUCCAUAACCAGUGAGGUCGGCGGCUGAGACCACAAGAGCCUCUGCCUGGUCCCUAAGGCCACGGCAGGGCAGGUGAGGAACGUGGGUGUGGAGCUAAGGAGACCCACCCAGGGGCCAAUGCUGGGAAGCAAAUCGGUCUCUGGGUCCUCAGCCCCAGGGGAGGAAGGUUGAUGGCUGGAGGGGAUUUUGUAUAUGGCGAUAGGGUAUGUCAAACCCUUA